CCUACUGUGAUGCGGCGCGAAACGGGAAAGCUAUAAACUGCAACACCGCAUCUUCGACGCACCGCGAUCUUUGAAGCUGUCGGGUUUUCAUCAAAGUGUAUCCGAAUUAGUUUUAUUUUGUUGGUGAAACCUUCGAAAAUACUAUUCUAGUGCGUUUUUGGGUUUACUGGAUUUUAUAAACUCACGUUCUACCAAGCAGUUCUUCUUAAAACUACAAAAAUGUCUGAAAAAACAGCUGAAGACAACUCGUCAAGCUCGAAAAUAUCCGGAUACCUUGAGAAAAAAGGAAAAAAGAAAAUGAUGGCAUCCUACAAAAAAUACUGGUUCGUCCUAGAAGGAAGACUAUUAUUGUACUACAGGUCAGAGGACGAAUAUAAAGGUAUAUCACCGUGUAAAGGAUCCAUUAAUUUGGGUCCACCGUGUAGUGUUAAGCCUUGUCUGUCCUCUCCUGGGGUGUUCCAGAUCGAAACCAGGAGUUCAACUAUAACUUUGAGAGCAGAAAACAUGGAAGAACAAAACAAAUGGAUGCACUGUCUUAUGACCGCGAUCAAUCCUGCUAAGCAACCGCCAAAACUGAGUCACUUCAGAUACGCCGCGGACGGAAAACAACAAAAAACCACCAACCCUCAAAACUCAAACUUUACUAGCAAGCCAAACAAAGUCCUCAUGGAACGUCUCCAAAAAAUCGGAGCCCAAACUUACGUUACCCAACUGCUUAACAGGAAAAUGGAUGUUGGAAAAAAAGCAAUGUCCGAAGAAAGUUUAUUUAGAGGCAAUUGCGACUGCGUUGUACAAAUGUCGAGGUCUUCGGAAAAUGUCGCGCUUAGUCAAAGAUCUGCUGAGCAUAUAUACGAGAGAAUUUCCAAGGAGUCUUUGGGGUCUACAGAAAGCACAGCGGGUAAGAGAGUCGUGAGGCACGAGUCUGCAAGCUCCAAAAAUAAAUCGUUCAACGAAGAUCUCGGUGAUAACGCGGAUAAGAAGAGCAAGAGUCAUAAAAUGUCCGGAGAAUCUUUCAGAUCCUCAGGUCUAUCAGUUAAUGUUGAGAUGGUAAGUUCUUCGUACACUGAUAAAUAACCAAUACGACAACCAUACAAGAGAAUCAGAAUAUUCGAAAAAUACCCAAAAAGGUAUAUCAAGAAAGCCUUCAACGAGAAUCCAAAACCGACCAACAUCACUCAACAUAGUGACGAACGAUUACGCGAAUAAACAGAUGCUAAUGGCAAUUGAAAGCAAUAAGGCCGAGGUUGCAACCCAGACGGAAAUGCAUGAACACGGAAACAUGUACAGCGUUGUAGGAAAGAAAGUAGACAGGGAAAACAAUAUCGUGAUGGCAGAAACUGGAGAAAAGGUGGAUCAGAACGAGAACAAAGUUGGCACACCCGACUCCACAAGCAGAAACGUUGAAGAAAACGCAUACUGCAUCGGCGAUAUCUACGAACUAGUCAAAAACAACGACGUUUUGUACGAAGAUCUAGAAAAAUACGCGAAAUAUUGCGAACUCAAAAACAAAGAAGUCGAGAAGAUUAAAACAAAAGAUAAAAAGUUGAGGAAGAAAGACGAGGACGUUGAAGAUAGAAAAGAAAAAUUGAAAAAGCGUCCAAGCUUUAUCAAGAGAGUCUGGAAGAGGAAAAGUAAGAAAAAUAAUGACGAGCAGAGUUUGGACAGCCCAGUGAGUCCAAUGAGUCCGGUCAGCGAUCUUGGAGAUAAAAUUUGUUUGAGCGACGGGACAACGAUACGAAUGCUCUCAGAAUUGCAUGAAAUCUUGGAACACAAAGUUCCAAUUCUUCUAGGUAAACUUUCACAGAGCUCUUCAUCGGAAUCUAAUAGAAGAAGUGACAGCAGCAUCGAGGAGAAAGCUAGCAGUAACUCAGGAGCUACUGCGAUGGACAUUUGUGGAAAUGAUAAAGAUUGUCCCGCACUUCCGCCAAAAACAAAAAAGGUCGAUUGUUCGUAUCCCUACCACGAUGUGCCAACGAACAAUAAGCCCACAGCGCUGCCUGCUAAAAGGAAAAAGAAACAGGAGGAUGUGAAAAGUUUAGAUGAAAUUCUAGACGAACUUGAGUGCCAGAAAAGAGAGGAACCCAUCAAGGUGAGAAACCUCAUUCACCAAUUCAGUUUGAACGAAAAUACCUCAGAACCAACUGAAGUGGUACUAAGAAGGCACAGAAGGAUUAAAUAUCCAAGAGAAGACAUCGAAUCCGAUGAACUAACGAGGCUUUUAGAAGAAUUGGCAAAAGUUACCAAUGCACCGAUUUUAACCCCUGGCGCUACUUGCAGUAUGCUUGCCUCAAAUUCUGGAGAUAAAGAGCUAUCGAAACUUCUGCCUGAACGAAGACGAAGAUACUCUGAACCAGAUUAUGACAUUCCAAGGUCUCACAAAUCUUUGAAAAGCUUCAGAAAGAAAGAAGAGACUGACAAUGUCAUUGGUUCCACCAGAUUUUUUGGCCCUAUUUUGAAACCGUCCGAUAUUGAAACACACCGUCUAGACAGAUCGGAGAAUGGACCAGAAAGCAUGACGCCAGAUUCCCUUGAAGAAAAUCUCCAGGAAUCCAGCUGUAAACACGCAACAUCAAACUGCAAACAUGAUGAUGGAUAUUCAUACAACCAUCAUUUUAACCACAGAAAAACAAAAAAUACAAAUCUGCGUACUGACGAUAAAGAAUUAAUUAUUUACGAUGAUUUGUAUGCCAAUUUUAAGCCUUAUGGUUCUGUUUAUUCCAAUGAACAUUACUUCAGGAAUGGAAGAAUGCCUUGUAGGAAACAUGAAGAUAUGAAAUCUGAAGUCGAUGUUUUUAUUGAUUCUUUAGAAGUUUGCAAUGCAGAAACUUCCACUGCCUUCUGAAAUAAUUGGCUAAUUGAUUAACUUAUUGUAGCUGAAAAUAUUCUGUAUUCUUUGUGUACAGAAAGGGAUAUGAAAGAUACUAACGCCGUCUGCAAGACAGUAGCAGAACAAAAUUGAAUUUAUAAACCACGUUGAAAAGAAAUAGACUGUUUAAUUCUGCUAGUAUCUGAUAGAUGGCGCAGGAUCUUUAGCUUUCUAUGCCUGUUUAAAUUUGGUAUCUUCAGAUAUUGACAUUCCCAGUUAAAAUAGACAAUAGACAGGCCCCAAAAUAAAUGGAUUGAAGAUCCCAGAUCCAUUUAUAAGACAGCAGAACCAAACACUUUCUUUUCAAAGUAGGUUUCUAAAUUUAUUUUUGUCUUCUGCUAGUGCCUUGUAGAUGGCGCUAGCAUAUUUCAGGUAAAAUAAAUUAACCAAUGGUUAAACCAAAAAGAACUUCACAUCCAUAUGCAUGCUUUUAUAGUUACCAUAAAUUUCCUAGGAUUUGAAAUCCUUAUUUUAAUGGCUUUCCUAGGGGUUUUUAUACAUUACCAUUCAAUAUGGAAGACUGAAUAUAAAUAAUAGCACCGCAUUUAUUAAAAUAUGCAGUUUUGUUUUCGUUUUAAUAAUUAUCUAACAGUAACACAAUACUCAACCAUAUGUUUAUGUGAUAGAAAACUUUGAUUGGAAAUAGCAAACAUAGUGAUCCCAAAAUUCGCCUAUUUUUGUGCAUUGGAUUCCUACCCCGAGAAUAAACCUGAAGAAGUUUCCCAGACAAUAUAUCAAUCGUUUUCGUAGCAAAAGAGCCAUUCCAUUUUUUGUCGAAAAUAUAAAAAAAUUGCCCCUAUUUGAUGACUCCUUGUGAGGCACUAAGGCGCGUAUCGUCACUCUUUCCUACAAUAAAUUGUAGGACACCUUUAUGGCCUCCUUGAUUUUCAUAGCAUUUUCUCUCCUCCAGAAAGACUGUGAUAUUCUAGAUUUUUACUAUUCCAUGUCAGCGUCCUCCUAUAGCGAGGUUAUGU